UUUCAGUUUUCAACUACCGAUCAUCGAUGCAAGAUGUCUUUGAAUAAUAUAAAUGCCAGCAGAUUUAGCGAAGAACCGUUUCGGGUGUGGAAAAUGAAACAAAAAGUUCACUAUCGUUUCGAUGUGCGGGGUGAUGAUGGCGAUGGCGAUAAGCAAAACAGUCAAAUAUCCAGUGAGAGCGGUGAAUUCAUUACCAUCAAAGCUCCCAAAAAAUCAGCAUCCUUCUCCAAACUACCAGCACCCUCAGCACAACGUUCCAUCUCAGUGCCGUCAACACCCGUCACACCAACACCGGUAGCCCGCUACGUACGUAGUCCCUGUGAUUCAUGUGGCCAUCAUAAUAUACCAAUUAUGUCACAUCCCAUUUCACCAUUGGCCAGAUCUCAAACAAAUUUAGAAUUAGUCGAAACAGGAAACGCUAGAACAGCUCUCAUACCCGUCACCAGUCACGAUACAAUGCAUCGUGAUGAAUCAACCAUAUCGCUGUUAGUGCCACAAACGAUACAGGUGUCAAGGCGGCCAUCGGUGCUUUUACAAGAAAUCUUGGGUGGUAAAAGAGAGCAUGGAGGAGUGCUGAAGAAUACUAAACAGAACUACGCUAAUGGUACGGCCACUGGUAGUACUUUAACUAUAAAUACUCCUGGAGGGGGCGUUGAGAAUGGCUCGAAGAGUUUUCAAGCCAAACAACAGAAGGAGAAAAAUAGAAGACAAGGAAAUGAUGCCAUAAGUUCUGCUCUUUCUGCUACUUAUUGCAAACUCUUAGUUUUACUGGGUGUCUGUCUGCCCAUUACUGAAGUUAUAACGGAACAAAUACCCACUUAUGUUUAUCAAGGAUUUUAUGUUUAUUUAUACUCCUUGAGUAUAACAUUUGUGGUAUUUGUAUAUGUCUCGGCGUUUCGCAAUAGAACUAUAAUCAGUGCUCUCAAAAGUUAUCACGAAAGAAACAACGUGCAUCUCAAGCACAAGGUCACCCAUUUUGGCAGUUUCUAUUUAAGGGUGGGAGCCAUUGCCUUUGCCAUCGGUACCAUGGUCUAUUCGGGCUUAGAAUUCGGGCAAUUCUUUGAGCUGAGUGGUCAGGCUGGAUGCCGUGAUGUAUUCAUAGCCGUCACACCCAUUUGUCGCAUGGUAUUGUGUAUAGCUCAAGUACAAUUUAUAUUCCUAAACACUACAUACUUGGAUAUGGCGCGUCACAAGGUCUUCUCGCGUUUCGGUCUAAUGCAUAUGGUGGGUACAAAUCUGUGCGAAUGGUUGUAUGUGCUGGUGGAAGAGACAAAACAUGAAAUUUUCCAUAUCACAUCACAUCAUGAGCAGCAUGGAGAUCACCAAGCUGGCUUGACGGCGGGACAUGGUAGCGUAGAUUGGGCGGCGGUAAAUGCCACACUGCAUGUUAAUAAUCAUAUUGGCGAACAAGCCACGAAUAGUACUAUAGCGGCUGUGGUAUCGCAUGUUUUGAAGAAUGUCACCGAGUCCACAACAGAAAUGUCGUCAAUGGGCGAUAGUCAUGGUUGUUCACGUACCACCAUAAUGGGUGCCUUAGUCCAGAAACUCUCUCCCUUUCUCUUUCCCUGCACCAUUGAAUACUCUCUCAUCUGUGCUGUUAUUUUAUAUGAAAUGUGGAAAACUGUUAAAUCAAUACCCGAUAUUGACAAGUCCCGUAAAAAUUCCAUUAAGCCAGUGCAUCAAAAGCCAGCCCAUCAUUUCUCUGUGGAUUGUUCUCAAUCCCACAAGGGUUUAUUCUUUGGUAUUUUGGUCAUUGUCAUGACCAUUAUUGCCAUGAUCAUGUAUUUUGUAUUGUAUAUGCAACCCGGCUAUGAACUGGUAGCCACCCAGGAGGUAACUAUUUGGGAGACUGUCAUGUAUUUGGGCUGUGCGGCGGCAAUUGUAACAGGCAUGAUUCUAAUGCGUGAUCUGAAAUACGUUAAAGAUACCGGCGAUGAGCAUCAUUCAAUGCAAUUGGACAAUCUGUUGCUGAUAGUGGCCCAAACAGGAGUUUACCUCUAUGGUAUGUUCAGCAUUUUGGGCAGUUACUUUGCCAAAUGGGACACAGUACCCGAUCGCGUGGAAGGCAUUAUUGCCGAAGUUUUCGCUCUAAUGCAAACCUCCCUACAAACCAUGUUUAUCCUACAUUCUAGUCAUCGCAGAUGUAAGGGCUCCAAACAAGUGCGCCGUAAGCCGGGCAGAGAAAUUAUAACAUUCCUGUUGAUAGCCAACAUUGCCAUAUGGUUUGUAAAUACCCUAAUCAAGGGCAGAGCGGUAUUUCGUCAAUCCCAUAUGGAAUUCUUUGGCAUAUGGGCAUGGACCAUUAUUACACAUGUCUCGAUGCCAUUGUCAAUAUUUUAUAGAUUUCAUUCGACAAUAUGUUUGUUUGAAGUAUGGAAAAUCACCUAUAAAGCCAAAGCUCAUUAGUUAAAUUACAUUUAAUUAUUAAGUUUUUUUUGUUUUGUAAAUUAGUUUAAGUGAUUAAUGUAUUGUAUUUCUUUAGAAAAUAUUAUAUUAUUUUAGCUGUUGUUUUCUGUGCUAUAUUGAAUUUAGUUUGUAAGUUGUUAAAUUAUUAAUAAAUUAUGAAACUUUGAGAUCAAA